AUGGGCGGAAUGACCUUUUUUUUGUUGCUUUUUUUUUUUUCUCUCUGUGUGUGUUGUUAUGCACAGCAGUAUUGGCAGGUAGCGAUGUCAUCUGGGCUUUUUGCCUUGUAUGAGGAUGACUUCAAUGAGAGUUCACGGCAGGUGCGGGCAGCGGCGGCAGCCUUGCAGGAGUCGUUAAAACAGGAUUCCAGCACGUAUGAGCCUCCACCCACGACGGGACCUCAAAGCCGCGGACAUCACUGCGAGGUGAUGCAGCAGGGACUGGCGCACAUGCGCGAACUUGUAACGAGCAUGCUGUAUGAGAGCAAUGAUGUUGAAUCGGGUGAGUUACGCAACGAGGUAAGGCGACGCGUGGAGGAUUACAAGCAGAUGGUCACUGUUCUGGAGGGGGAAUUGUUUAGACUGCGGCAGGACUCGAAGAACGCGGACAGGAUGGAUCUCAUAUCGGGUGGCAAUGAUACAUUGGAUGAAGAAAACCAGGAGGCACGUGCCUUUAUGCUUGAGAACACACAAAGGUUACGUCAAGGCACCACAACAUUGGAGAGAGCAGAGAGAGCCCUGCACGGUGCAAGUGAUUUGGGCACCUCAACUCUUAAUACGCUUCGCACACAAACGGAGACGGUGCGGCACUUUCACGCGACUGUUCAUGAUGUGGACUCACAGGUCAUGGAAUCACGCAGACUCGUUAACCAAAUGCAGCGCACAGCGAUGAAACACAAAUUAUGGCUUAUAGGCAUCAUAGUUGGUUUGUUUGUUUGCAUCAUUUUAGGAAUAUAUGUUCGGCGCUAG